AUGUCUGGGAAGCGAAAGGGAGGCUCUUCGAGUACGUCGAACAAGACGCCAACAAAGAAACAAAAGCUUGAGGAAGGUCAAACUACUCUCAAGUCGUUUCUUUCGCCAAAUAAACCAGGCUCCAUACCAUCGUCACCUCGCUCUACUGUCCCAUCUUCACCAAAUCCAUCGACAUCAAACACCAACGCCAAUAAUAAUGUGACACCUCAAACAACUGACACCAAAGGCAGUGUUGCGCAACCCGUAUCUCAAGCGUCUAGUGUGACGAUCACCACCAAGCCUGAUAUUAAAAGUGAUGCCGUCGAAGCUAUAUCUCAAUCUAUUGGUGUCGUCAAACAAGAGUCCGUUGCUUCAUCUUCUGCUGACGUCCUGAUCUCAACGCUCGACGAACUGAAUCGAUUCAAGCCAGAGCUGCUUCCUUCAUAUUGGAAGUCUGGCGAGCCUACUCCCUAUAGAUGGAUGUCUGAAGCCUUUCAACACGUCGAUGGCAACACGGGCAGACUGAUAAUUACACGGGUGCUUACAAACAUGCUUCGAACUAUAAUUGGACAUCGUCCUGAGGACGUCUUAUCUGCCUUAUAUUUGUGCUCGAACCGCAUCGCACCCUCCUACGCAGGCAUAGAGCUCGGAAUUGGGAGCUCUGUCCUUGUGAAAGCUGUUACUUCGGUAACUGACUUGAAUUCAAAAAGUUUGAAGGCCAGUUGGGAUACCCAUGGAGACUGGGGUGAUGUAGUCUUUAGCGCUCGUAGACAAACUCAAAUGCUCAUUAAGCCGAAACCCCUGACUAUUGAUGGAGUUUUCAAGACUCUGAGACGUAUUGCCGAUAGAAAAGGAGCUGGAAGUGUCAACUCGAAAACUGAUCUAGUCAGAAAACUAUUGAUCGCAGCUCAAGGAGAAGAGCUGCGAUACGUGACUAGGACUCUGGUCACGAAUCUCAGAAUUGGGGCCACCAAAACAACGGCACUCGCUGCGCUAGCUAGAGCUGUAGUAAUGGAAUUUGAGUUAAAGAAUGUGAAAUGGAAUGAAGAAUCAGCCAAGAAACGAUUCUUGGAAGCUGAAGCUAUAUUGAAGGAGUGCUACGCUCAGUGUCCCAAUUUCGAUAUAAUAGUGCCUAAACUUCUUGAUCCAAACAUUGGUUUGUCUCGAAUCGUCAAAGAAUCCAAGUGUCUUCCUGGAGUUCCCAUCAUGCCAAUGUUGGGUAAAAUUACACGAGAUCUUGGAGAGCUCUUUGAAAAACUUGAAGGCAUGCAGUUUUGUGCUGAUUACAAGUUUGAUGGGCAGAGAGCUCAAAUUCAUCGAUCUGAGGAUGGAACUGUGUCCAUUUAUUCUCGCCACCUCGAAAACAUGACCGAAAAGUAUCCUGAUAUAGUUGCUGCCACUCAACAGUUCUGUUCAGACUCUACUGGCUCGUUUAUAAUGGAUGCUGAAGUGUGUGCAGUCGGAGAAGACGGACAGAUUCAACCUUUCCAGACGCUGACGAAUCGAGCAAAAAAGAAUGUAUCCGUACAUUCCAUCAGUGUCAAUGUGUGCGUGUACGCCUUUGACUUGAUGUAUCUGAAUGGAGUCAGUCUGCUCCAAGAACCAUUUCGAAGGCGUCGUGAUCUCAUGAAGUCGGCGUUCCAAGUGGUUCCAAGUCGGUUUGGCUUUGUACCAUCCAAGGAAAUGCAUGAUAUUGAGGAGAUGCAAGACUAUUUGAAAGAGGCUGUCGAGGCUAAAGCGGAAGGACUGAUGGUCAAAGUUUUGGACCAUCCAACAGUCACUCAAGGACGAGGAGCCAUCCUCGCUUCAUACGAGCCCGAUAAACGGACAGAUGCAUGGCUGAAAGUCAAGAAGGAUUAUGUUGAAGGGAUGGCCGACUCGUUUGAUCUUGUGCCUAUUGGUGCUUGGGUCGGUAAUGGACGUAAAGUGAACUGGUGGAGUCCUGUCUUAUUGGCUGUUUGGAAUCCUGAAACUGAAUGUUUUGAUGCCUUUUGUAAAUGCAUGAGUGGCUUCUCAGAUGCCUUUUACAAGGAGAUGAAGGAAAAGUAUGCUCCUGGUAGUGACAAAGUCAUACCAAGACCCAAAGCUUACUACAAUGUGCCAGAGAGUCUGUCUCCAGAUGUAUGGUUUGAACCUCAAGAAGUUUGGGAAAUAAGAGGAGCGGAUAUCACGUCGUCGCCAGUGUAUCCAGUAGCAGCAGGAGUCAUAUCUGAACGAGGAUUGAGUCUACGAUUUCCUCGAUUCAUUCAGACUCGAAUCGAUAAGGGCAUAGAAGAUGCUUCAACACCUGAACAAGUCAUUGCAAUGUACCGAAAGGGCGAACACAAGCCGGCAGCUAAGGAAGCUGAAGUUGAGGAAGAGGAAGGUCUGGACGAUGAUGAUAUCAAAGAGGUUCAAUGGGAUGAGAAGGAUUAG